CAGCCAACACCUUCAAUGUCAACUCAAACAGUCAUAAACCGAGCAGCGGAGCUGGUCAUAAGUGGGCCACCACUUUCGUCACCGUCUAUCCAGUGGAUGAUCAUCAGACUGGAGCUGGCAAUGGCAACGGCAGCGGCAGCAGUCGAUUGCCCUCUUCAUCGACAAGUGCGACUUUUGCAACUUUGUCGACCACUACUAUCUCCACCACGACUGAAAGUAGUUCACCAAAGCAAAGGUUACCGGUGAAAGUGAGCAGUGUUAGUAGUACAACGACGACGACAACGACCACCACCACUACAACUAAAGCUCCAAAGAUAACAAAGGCCACUGUGAAAAGUACGACCAGUACAACGACGACAACAACAACAACAACAACUCGAAAACCGAGUACAACUUCAACCACCACAACAACCACAACAACAACUAAAAAACCCCCCACAACUUCCUCCUCCCCAAUUGUCACCCCCAAAAUUCCCUUAACUGAAUUUCAGCUGGAAGCAGCAUCAGGAACCCUCCGACCUUCCAUUCCCCCGAACCAUCCCUCAGCACCAGCAAAUGAAUUUCUGCUCGACGAUGAAUUCCUCCUCUACUCCUCAACGGUAGAUGGAGACGGCGGCGUAGGGAGCGACGGCUCGGCGCUCAAUUCCUCCGGCGCCUCAAAACGAAUCGCCAAAAAGUUGCUGCUGCAGCUCAACAAUAAGCUGCUCAACAAAGUCGAGGAAAAGGAGGAAAAAGAGAAAGACGAAGCAGUGGACCUUGACCUUCUAGACAAAAGUCCAGAGCAGGAUGAACUCCCAACCACCAAAGAACCGUCUGUGAUCAGCAGCAGCAGCAGCAGCACUGGCAGCAACAUUUCCCUCGAGGAAGAUCUCAUCAACUACAUCAACGCCGUUACCACCACUACCCAACUUCCAGACGACCCAGUGACUACAGAAUCCCCAACAACUACAACCUCAAACAACCCAACCUCAACCCAAACUCCCUGUCCAAAUCAGACCGACUUCAG